GCCUGAGGACCACUGUUGUUAAAAAUAGUGAUUCCCACAGGGAAGCUACAUUAUUGAGUGCAUGGUCAGGGACCACCUGCAAUGUCUUCAUGGACCACCAGGGGGCUGUGGACCAUUGCUUGAAAACCCCUGUAUUAAAGGGAUGUUUUAUCAUUAUUUAACAAUCCUUUCAACAGGUACACUAUCUUCGGCACGGCUUUCAACGUCGGUAAUGUAACAUAGUGAAAAUGUGAAAACAUGCAUAAUUUACAACAUAUUCAGCUUUCACUGAUUUUGUUUAUGCGUUACCUCUGAGAAGGGUGGCAAAGUUUUGUUAAGCUCCGAUCAGUCCUCUUUGUGAUAGAGGUGGUCAUUAUCAAAGUAGCCAUGUGGUGGAGCCCUUGUAUUCUCUUGUAGUGAUAAAGUAACAGAAUCUCGGUGUACCUCCCCGGCAAGCACAUCCACAACCAUGUUGAUGGUGUUGAACUAAGUCAAAACACUUCUUUAUAAAUGUCUUUUGGGGGAAAAAAUGACAAAAUGUUUACUUUCACAAUGGUGCAGAUAUUCACACAUCUGUGUGGUCAUGUUGUUUCUCAUCCUGUUUUUGCUGCAAAAGGAUGUUCUUUUCUUUAACCCACAUCUUUUUGUGUCUCCUCAGCUGUUGCAAAUGCAUAUCUUCAGUUAAUGUUUUCAUGAUCAUGAAUAAUAGAGUAUAUGUUAUUUGGUAUAUAUGUAUGUGGUGACAAUUCGAUGACAUAUGUUUGCCACUGUGUUGAUGCAAAGCAAAAACUCAAUGGAAAAAGCACAUAAUGAACUUCAGAGUAUUUCCACUUCUCACCUCAGGGUUCAUUAGCAGGGCAGCCUGGUAAUUAUUGGCAGGCUUGAGCUUGAGCUGCUAAUGCUGCCUCAACCACAUCCUCUACAAUAAUGUCUCAAUAAUGACCUGCUGUGGAGGUCAAGUGGUCAAGGUCAGGUUUAGCUCAAUAUUAAGGGUUUGGGGUGCGGCCUGGGUUCCAGCAAAAAUGACAAGAAAUGAUGAUUAAGACAGUGUGCCUACAAGGCCUUCUAGGGAUUACCAAUACCACUAAGUUUCUUCGCAGUCUGGGAGUCCAAUAGAGUCCAGGGCUGGUUUGAAUUUGUAACUCAUGUGUUCAUCUGGGAGACUAUCUCCUAAGUCUGAAUGCUCUCUUACAUUGUGGAAUAGCCAACCAAUCACUACUGACAGCCGGUAGAGAUUGUUCCUAACGGAGUGAAUGUCAACACAGAGGGGAGGCUUAGAGGCUACUUUGUUGCUGAAUGUAUUUUGAGCCCACAGGCAUUUCAGUGAAGAGUACAAAUGAGAUAUUAUUCUAAUAUGUCUUAUAGCAAUAGGACACUUAUCCAUCAUCUAACCUUUGGGGAACUUAGGCCAAAAUAUAAAAAAGUUGAAGUAAUGUACUUGUACCUAGCCCAGUUAAAAACUUUUAAGGACAUGCUAGUGAUCUUUUAAAUGUGCAGCACUGUCACAGUGUGGUUUCAGUGUCACAUACGUGAGGGUGUCCACUGAACUGAAGUUGGAAAAACUAAAGUGUAACUUUGACAGUUGCUGAGAGCAGAAGUGAUAGCAUUGCAACUUUAGGCAGGAAGGGUGUGAACCUUCAAGUGGUUUCCUCUCUGCUUGUAUCAGAUGUGCAAAACCAGUAGUGGGUGACAUGGGUGUGCCCCCUUGUCGGUUUUAGUGGUAAUUUGAUGGUUCAGUUGGUAUUAUGAACAUGGCAGUUUAAGGCCCCUUAAGUAAUUAGCUAUCUCACUAAAUAGAUUCUCAUGCACAGAAUGGUUGUCAUGGAUGGGCUUCACGGUCUGAACAUAGCCUCUGUGGUUAUUUUUAAACAUGCCCAUGGCAUGAGUUCUGACCUGAUUGUUUCAAUGGGUCGCGUUAGUCUGUGCUGCAAUGGUCUGAGACCAUGACCAUAUUGGGAUGUGGUUGCCUUAAAAAAAACGGCGUGUUUUCUAAGCCAUCGUUCUGCAAAACUUUAAUGAUCUUGGCAGAGGCUGCAUGUGACAUGGUUUCCGUUGCCUGCUUCCGCAAAUAUUGCUGCUCACACAUAGCGGCACAUGAAAACAGUUGCAUCUCAGAUGCAAGUGGCCAUCGGUCUGGACGUAGACCUUUUGUAUGUGGCUAUGUUGCGGAGCGAACCUGCCUGUGCCGCUGCGGAGGAGGACGCCAGCCUGGCCGUUAGCUAAAUAUGAGAAGAUGCCUGUCCUCAGUCUCUUUCCCUCCUUGUUGGGCCUUACUUUGGGUUACCUGAUGACUACAUUCUGCCAUCCACAUGCAUCUGUUUGCAAACUGACGCAGAGGAUGGCUCUAUGUGAUCUCCACCAGCUGUCUUCUGUGCCCAGAGAUCUGCCGACGGAUACUGAAGACCUUUCUCUGAACAAUAAUCAAAUCAAAGGACUAAAAAAUGGCUGGCUCUCAAGAUACCCCCAGCUGCGAUCCCUCAGCUGUGCAAACAAUGGUUUAAAAAUGGUGGAGUCAAAUGCAUUCAGGGAUUCCCACCAUUUAGAGAGUCUUAAUUUGGCAGAGAAUUCCCUUCAUCCUGGUGAUGGCCAGACUGGACAAUCCCUGCACUUUUUAGCUCGACUGAAGGUUUUAGACCUGUCAGGUAACUCCAUCACUGAAGAUAUGGCUGCUGAGCUGCUGCAGAACCUCACCUCUUUGGAACGCCUGUCACUGUCUAGGAAUCUCCUGUCUAGGCUGGAUGGUUCCAUUUUCAGCAAUCUUCAUCAGCUUAAGGAGCUCAACCUAGAGAGAAACCAACUGUAUGAGAUUGAUAGGGCUUUUGAUAACCUAAACAAUCUCCAAAGACUCAACCUAGCCUUCAACUUCCUGCCGUGCCUGGUGAACUUUGAGAUGACCCAACUGGUUGUCUUGAAUGCCAGUCACAAUAACAUUGAGUGGUUUAUCUCUAACCAGGACUUAAACGACACAUUUCAGUUGGAGACUCUAGAUCUGUCUGAAAACAAGCUCUUCUUUUUCCCUUUUCUACCGCCACACAGCCAUCUCCGCAAUCUGCUGCUUUCCCAGAACAAGAUCAGCUUUUAUGAUCUUCUGGCAAAUAGCAACAAAACUAACUGGGACUCCAGUGUUGUCUUUUACAACCUUCAAGGGAAUGUAAGCAACGUCACGGCAGAGUUGUGGGACGAAAGUCUACACGGAGACAUCUCCUCACUCGAGCUGCUUGACCUGAGUGGAAACCUUAUCACCAACUUCCCUCGGGGCUUCCUUCAGCAAAUGCCCCAUCUGUACCAGCUCAGGCUGAGGACAAACUGCAUGGAGUCUCUCAACAUCACCUCAGGGGUACUGCCGGCCACCUUGUAUGAGCUGGACGUGAGUAACAACAUGGUGACUGAACUUCAUGCUGGACAGAGCUCCGUCAGUGAGCUGAACAACCUCACCCAUCUCAAUCUUAGCCUAAAUGACAUUCGAAGACUCCCGCCCAAGCUGUUCUCCAGUCUGCCUCGGCUGAGCACAGCAGACCUCAGCUACAACACAAUAGGGAUAUGUAGCCAGAAUGAGGUCACCAAUGCUAGCUAUGCAGACUGUGUUAUUUCGAGGAACAUUAUUUCUCUGAAACAGCUUCACCUGGUAGGGUGCGACAUAGUGGAUCUUCCACCUUUUGCCUUUGAGGGCUCUCCUCUUAUCAAUCUAGAACUCUCUAACAAUGUGGGUCUCCACUUGAGGCCGGAUUCUUUAGCAGGGCUGGGUGAAACUCUUCAGCACUUAGGACUGGGGAACACAGGCCUGCGGGACUUUGACUUUUCCCCAUUUCACCACUUGAAAUCUCUAAACAUUUCUCAAAACUCAUUUUCCCAGCUUCCACAGUCCUUAAUGGGGUUGGACCUAAAGGUUUUGGACUUGAGGGACAACAACCUCACCACCAUCCCCGGUGAACAGGCCAUCAGGCUAGCCCAGACACUAGAAUCUGUGUUUGUCAACGGAAACCGUUUUAACUGCUGUCACUUGGACUGGUACAGGACAUUUGAAAAACUGGUUAAUAUUGUUGACCUAGAAGAGGUCAAUUGUUUAGAUCGAACACACAGUACACACAGUGUGGUUCAUUUUGACAGACACGUGUGUGGUGAUAGCAGUCAGGAAUCCAUCUGGUGGUUCAUCCUGCUCUUCUCAUCUGUGAUUCUAAUUUUCUUAAGCAUCACCGGUUUCAUUUUCCUCACCCUCAAGCCCAGAGUGUUACCCAAAGCCAUAAAGAAGAAAUGCUGGAAAGCAACUUCCUACUAAUACACACACACACACACACACACACACACACACACACCUUAUCAUGUGUAUGUCAUCAAACACUUCGGUACAUUUUCACAACAAAAUGGAUUGAAAUAAGUACCAUCAAAGAGCUUCAUGUUUUUAUUGUAUUAAUCUAAAUGAUUUUGAGUACCAGAAAUGUCACUACGUCUUACCUAUGUUGCUACUCAGUGCUUGUCAUUAAUCUGAUAUUAAACAUUUCUUCCACACAAUAA